AUGUUCUUCGACAUAUGACUGGCUUGGCAAAAGUGGUUAAUUUGAUUAAUGGUAAAUUUCAAAGUUCGAACAAAAUCAAUCAAUUGAUAAAGUAUCAGUAUGAUUCCAUUUUUCAAAUUAAUAUUAAACCGAUAAAUGAAUACACUUCGUGCCUAACUAACCAUUGGCUAGCUGGAUUCACAGAUGCUAACGGCUGUUUUCAUGUUAGCAUCGUUAACAGUAAAACCCAUAAAUGCGGCAAAUGUGUAAGAUUAGAGUAUAAAAUAUCACAAAAAGAUCCAACUGCUCUUACAAGCUAGUCUAGAAGGCGGCAAUAUUUCUUUUUGUAAAAAAACUCAAAUUUAUCGGUAUAAUUCCACUAACUUGCAAGUAGCUUAUAAUGCUAUUAAAUAUUUUGAUCAUUUUCACUAUAAUGCGCCAACUAAAUUGAUUAGUUAUUUGAAAUGGCGAAAGGUUUAUGGAAUUAUUCAACAAAAAGGGCAUUUAACCACAGAGGGGAUUGAGAGAAUAUAUCACAUAUCGCGUGCUACUUUUACAGACAGAGAAUGUAAUUAACUAGAACAUACGAAGGCUGCCCGCUUCGCGCUUAUGCGCUUUUUUGGCAUGGUUGCGCUUGUUUUCUUUGCUUGCGAAGAAGCGCAACCAUGAACGGAACCUUUUGUUUGUUGUGCUGUCUGAUCGCUUCGUGUUUGCGAGCCUCAGAGACUUUACGCCUGGCACCUAGUAUCACCACUGUGCUAAGCAUGCAUAUAGUGAGUAUUCUAGGUUGAAGAGAAAGUCCGAUGCCACUAAGAGAUUAGUGGUUGAAUUGACACGUGCGUACUUUACUGCUGCAACUAUGAUUAUUGCUGUACCUACAGGAAUCAAGAUCUUUAGUUGGAUUGCCACAAUGUGGGGCGGUUCCAUUGAGUUAAAAACACCUAUGUUAUUUGCUGUAGGAUUUAUUUUCUUAUUCACUGUUGGAGGUGUUACUGGAGUUAUGUUAGCUAACUCAGGACUUGAUAUUGCUUUACAUGAUAGACAAGAAUUAAUUUCUUUUUCUUCUUUAUUUACUUCAUAUUCUGCUGAUUCUAUUAAACAAUUUUGGGUAGGUUUAAUGGAUGGAGAUGGUUCUCUUCAAGUUAAUCAUUGGAGAAAACAAAAUCUUCAAUAUAGAAUUGUCAUUAAGCUUGAAAAUACUCUUCAAAAUUUCUUAAUGCUAGGAACUAUUCAAUAUCAUUUAGGAGGCUCCGUCAGGAGGUACGAAAAAAAAAAUUCAGUAAUUUGGGUGGUAGAUGAUAAAAGGCAAAUUUUAGAGAUUUUAAAAAUUUAUGAACUUUAUCCACCAUUGACAUUUCGUAUUUAUGCUCAACUUCAGUUUUUACUUAACUGUAUGAUACAUAAGAAUGUAAAUAAAUAUUUAGAAACUCGUGAUUCUAAAUAUUUAAUCUCUAAGCCUAAUAUUGAUUAUUUAUCUCUUCCAUAUUAUUCUUUUUGGUUAUCUGGUUUUAUUGAAGCAGAAGCUUGUUUUUCUAUUCGUGCAAAUAAUAAUAACUCUUUUAGUAUUGCUCAAAAUAAUGAGUUUUUAUUACUUGAAAGCAUAAAAACUUUCUUCCAAGCACAAAAGAAAAUUAGAGAAGUACCGAGUACUAAUGAUCUUAGUUAUAUUUUAGAAAUUUAUAGAAGAAGUAGUCUCCUAGCUAUUAUAAAUCAUUGUAAAACUUAUCCAUUGUUAGGAGAAAAAUCAUUAGAUUUGAAGAAAUUUGAAGCUAAAUUAAAUUCAUUAUAAUAAGUGUCAUGUUGUCUUGUCGCUAUGAAAAUGAAUAAAUAAUAAUAAAUUAUUUAUCUUUUUCGGUAAGACAAUUCAGAUUAGAUGAAUUGUUUUGCUAACGGUAAAAGCUUUUAAAUCAAAGUCAAUACCGUGGAAACCCUUGGGCUGCGAAAACGGAUGCAAGAACAUGUAAGGAGCAACAAGCAAGAAGGGGAUCCGUAGAGACUAUACGCGACAAUCGAAAGUUUAUUCAGUUAAAUGAUUAGAUAAGAUAUAGUCCAAUCCACAAUGUAAAUUGUGAUAAAUUGACUUACUAUGUUGUAGCUCAAAAUGGGCCUACUAAAGAGUGAUUUUUAGUGUGUAAUUGGCUGUAUGCUGGAAACUAAUAAUUUCUCAUAAGAGAAAAAUUUAUUAUUUACUUAUCAAGUCUUAUUAUGGCACUAGCUUCUUGCUCAUUUGCGUGCCUAUGUGAACUAUUACCAAAUAGUUAUUUUAUAGACUAUGUCUAUUUUUCUUUCAAAUAUAUAGAUAUAGAAUUUUAAGUGAAAAUAAUAAUAAAUUGAAAUUCUUCGAACCUUAUUACAAUCAGCAAGAAAUUUUACUAGAUCUUCAGAGACUAUACGCCAAUUAUCUAACAAAGAAGAGGAUUAUUUUAACAAUUGGUUAGCCGGGAUUAUUGAUGGAGAUGGUAAUUUUGAUAUUCAAAAAGAUAAUAAGUUCAAAUCUUUAAGAAGAAAAUUACACAAUAGGGAUAUUCGUAUUUUAACCCGAAUUCAAAAUUAUUUACAUAUAGGAAAAAUUAGAAGUGUAAAAAACAAACCACAUUCUAUAUAUAUUCUUUCCAAUAGAGAAGAUCUUCUCAAGAUAAUAUAUAGAAUAAAUGGAAAAAUAAGAUUAAAAGUUUUAUCUUUUCAAAAAGUUUGUGAAAUUAACAAUAUUAAUUUUCUUCCAGCUGAUUAUUCUAUUGCGCCUUUAGACCCUUAUUUUGCUGGGUUAGUCGAUACUGAUGGAUCUAUUGUAUUGAAUUAUAGCUGUAAUAGAAUAGAAUGUAAUUUAGAGUUAAAAUAUAAUGAAUAUUCUUCUAAAUUCAAUUUAAAUUGGGUAAUUCCAAACACAAAACCAAAUGUCUUAUUACUAAAAAAGAAAAAUCAACAAACUAAAGCUAAUCCA